AUCAAUCAGAAUGACAGGCCAUACAAUUACAUCCACGUCUAAACGACACUUUUCUGGGACCAUCUGUAGCCGACCUGCCAUAAAGCCGUUUAUUCUUCGCCUGUGCUGUACAGUACAUUGGUGCCCAUGAUCCCUGGUGUAAACAGACACGCCAGCACAGAUUGCAUGCGAAAUGAGCGUUUUCUUAAUGGAUCACAUCGUAUAAUCCGAACGGAGGCCAUUAACAAAUUGCACACUUUCCAAUGUCACUCAAGAGGACCAAAUGUCGCCAUUCAACCGGAAAUGCUCCCGUGACUUUCUUUCUUAGCGGUAGCUGAUCCCGACGCCGGAUGCAUUCACCGACUGCAUUCACUCGAUCAGCAGCGCCGAUCAAGAAGACUUCCUGUUGUAUAUCUUCCUGUUGUAAAUUUCUGUGAUGUGUGUCUAGUAUCGUGAUUUAAUCAAACUUGUGACUAGUAUGAAUAAAACAUUUUGUUCGAAAUUAUUUGCAUAUCUAUAUAUAUGAUCAUGUAUGUGCGUGAGAUGAUACGAUCGCGUAUGAGUUUACGAGUAAAUAUUUAAGAAACGUCUACAAAAUUAAUAUUAUUUUUUUCGGCGGCUGCACCAAACUUAUUAAAUCUGUUGCAUUGUUAUUGUGUAAUUGUGUCCGAUAUAUAUGGCAUGCCACUUUUUGUGCAUUCGACGUAAACAAGAGGAACAAGGAAAUGCUUCACUGGGAAUUAGAAGCCAUCGACUGGAAUUCUUUUCACAUCACUGCACCAGAAAAUGUCACUUCUACUACCUUUCCGUCGAUGUGCGUAUGGUUUGCCUGUGUAAACUUGGUCAGUUUCGUGGGAACCGUAUCCUCUGUGUUAUUACUGUAUGUUAUUUUAAAUAACCAGUCGCUGCGUUCCGGAUGUGGUAUCUUGAUUGCACAUCUACUAUUCCAGGAGCUGAUUACUUGUUCCGUACACUAUAUGUUAUUCUCUUUAAAAGUAUUUUUAAGAAGGUUGGACGUGUUAUGGCUCGAUGAUUGCCAGAUCAGUCCGGUCUUUUUUGUGAUCGUCAUCCAUGCCGGGAAUUGGUCAUCCUGCUUCCUAGCGUGUAACCGCUUAGUAGCCACAGUAUUUCCUUCUGCAUACGAAGCAUGUAUGACCACCAAGAUGACGGUGACAAUGAUUGUUGGCAGCUGGAUUAUCGGCGCUUUAUGCAAUAUUCCUCCACUUUUUGGAUAUGGCCUACGAUUUGUUGCCUCGCAUCUGGGCACCUGUGAAAUUAUCCGAUUCCCGGGAAUGGUAUUCUCCCUGAUAGCCGCCAUGGGAGCCUACAUCCCGAUUACCCUGCUGGGAAUAAUGCAUAUCACCAUCUAUAUGCGCAUACGCUUUCGGUGGCUAUGCGACGCUGGUAAUCACAGUGCUGCUGGUUGCGAUUCCGUUGUCUGGAAGAAACGCCUUAGACGGAGGAUAAUGAUAGCCAGAAUGCUUUUUGCAUCAUUUAUUUGGUACUGCUUAUGUUUUCUUCCCGUCCCGGUUUUGUUGGCUGUCCGACCGGAUAUGUAUUUUGGAAACGAUUUAGUAUUGCUGUGGUCGCGUUUCCUUCUGCUGUGCGGUUACGCGGCUAAUCCGCUCAUCUUUAUUGCGAUGAACUCACAGUACUGCGAAGCAGUUGUUGGAUUAUUAAAACCAGCGGUCGGACGGGAAAUUUUCCAGAAAACCGAAAAUCAUCGCGAUCGGCACAGUAUAGUAGAAUAACUGUUCACUAAUGCACAUUGUCAAUAUGACAAAAGUUGUUAACCUGCGCUCCCGCCAAAAACGGUCGAGCUCGGAAGCAGGUUUUCGGUCACGCAGAUGGAUGUAUCGAAAUAACACGGCAAACGGUUGUAAAAUUGUUAUACACGGUAAAAUGAAGUAUGACAACAUAAUUCCCAGCUGAUUUACAAAAUGCAGAAAUUUCCAAAACGAUCCACUUUAUGGACUACUUAUUGUGUAGCAUUGCAGAUGCAGACAGCGUUGUUGAUAUGUACAGGCAGUACAGCAACAGGAUCUU